AUGGCACCGUCCGCUCUUGCAGAAACACCCACCCUCAAUGGGACUGACCAUGGUAAAGAAUACCACAUCCUUGAACAGCCCCUGGGAACUACCCGGAGACUGAGGAUCAUCACCAUCGGUGCGGGCAUCAGUGGGAUCAACAUGAUCCGGACUCUGCGGAAAACAAUGACGGACUACGAACAUGUGGUGUAUGAGAAGAACCCCGAGGUUGGAGGAACUUGGUAUGAGAACCGUUAUCCAGGUUGUCAGUGUGAUCACCCUUCGCACAACUACCAAUUUACCUGGAAACCCAACCCUCGUUGGACCCAGUUCUCGGCCAACGCCGAGGAAAUCAAGGAUUACGCCAUCCGCUGCUGUGACGACGAAGAUAUGCGCCCGGAGAUCAAAUUGUCGCACAAGAUCAUCAACGCAAAGUGGUGCGAAGACCUUGGAGAAUGGGAGUUGAAGAUUGAAAACCUCGUCUCCCGUGAGAUUGUCGAUGAUCGAUGCCAUUUCCUCCUCAACGCAACCGGGAUCCUCAACAACUGGAAAUGGCCCAAUCUUCCCGGCCUAUUUGACUUCCAAGGCGACCUGGUUCACAGCGCAGCGUGGCCCGAAUCUUUCGACUAUCGCAACAAAAAGGUUGCCGUCAUUGGAAAUGGCUCUUCGGGAGUGCAAAUUGUUCCGUCGAUUCAACCGCACGUCAAAGAGCUUGUGCACUUUAUUCGUUCUCCCACCUGGAUCGCUCCACCGCAGACUGAGAGAAUGCUGAAAGGCGCCAGUGCCGAGAUCCUUCAGUCCGCUCUGAUGGAUGGGGACAAGUUCCGUCCCGAGCAAAUCGCCAGAUUCGAAAACGAUGCGGAAUAUUACAGAGCAUUCAUCAAAGCCACGGAAGAGCAAGUCAAUGCACGGUUUGCCACGAUGGUGAACAAUGACGGCCUAGCCGAUGUCUUGCAAAAGAACCUAAUUGCACACAUGACGAAAACGCUCAGAAAUGAUCCGGAACUGAUCAAGGCCAUCAUUCCCACCACGUUCCCCGCCGGCUGUCGCAGGCUGACCCCUGGGCCCGGCUAUCUCGAGGCCCUGACGGAGGAUAAUGUCCGGGUCGUCACGCAGCAAAUCGCUCGUGUUCUUCCGAACGGGAUCGAGCUUCAGUCCGGCGAAGUGAUUGAGCUCGAUGCCAUCGUCUGUGCCACCGGCUUCGAUGUCUCGUUCUGCCCACGUUUCCCAAUCAUCGGCAGGAACGGUCUGAACCUUCAGGACAUGUGGACAAAAAGCCUCCCCGGAGCAUACAUGUCAUGCGCUGUGGCUGAGAUGCCUAAUUAUUUUGUAUUCAUGGGACCGAACGCUCCAAUCGGGCAUGGCAGCGUCCUCACCAUCGCCGAGCAAGUUUCUCGUUACGUUGUCCGGAUGAUGAAGAAGGUGCAAAUUGAGGGAAUCAAGUCCGUUUGCGUCCGGACGGACGCGGUCCGGGACUUUACUCAACACUGUCGAGUGUUUCUUCCCAGGACGGUCUGGGCAGGCCCGUGUCGGUCGUGGUACAAAAACGGGACAGCGGAAGGGCCCAUCACAGCGCUUCACCCGGGAAGCAGGAUUCACUGGUUUCACAUGAUGGAGAUCUUCCGGCCUGAGGACUACGAAUAUGUUUAUUUCUCCAGUAACCGUUUCGCGUUUCUGGGCAACGGAUUCUCCGUGAGAGAGAAGUGCAGUAACCCGACAUGGUAUCUGGAUCGGCCCAAUGACUUCUCCGAUGUCUUCUUCUCUCCCUGA